AGUCCGUUAAGUUUACACCGUUUACAUGUCUAAAAGCAGUGGAUAGCUAAACAUUCCAGCUAUUUGGCAAGACGACUGACGAUCUUGAGAGGACACGAACCAGCGUGUCGCUGUGUCGUUGUCAGUCGGCAGGUGUUGCCUGGACUGUCGCAGAGCCAAAGUCAGCAGUAUCCAAAGUGCUGCGUCACAUCCACACCAUCUAUUAAUGCUCUCAACCGACCGCAGUGACAAUACACGUCAUUUGACGGCAAAAUAUGGCGUCAUCGCUCGGUCGGUCGGCGAAGAAUAGACGGCCGGUGUGCCAGCGUAAUGAAACCAUUUCGGUAGAUCAGAGAUUUUCUUAAAAGUGUUUUUCAUGGGUCCUCGCUGCCAGUUUUGUCACUUUGUAGAUGACUUGAGAACUCAUUUAUUCCCCGUGAUUGAUUAUAUGCCAAUUCAUUCAUCUUGUGGAACACUCAAGGCUUUUAACACGUUUACUGUAUUUAGAACAUUGACGAAGCGGCUGGAUCAGAGCUGGAUAUUCUCCCAGGCCUUGAUUAAUCAAGAAAUAGUGCCGGGCAAGUGCCCAAGCCCGCCCGAUUUACUUCCACGGAUGCACAGCUGCCAGAGUGCAACUCAGAGUGUGUGAAAUUCAAAUGUCUAUCAAUAACCACUUAGCUGCUUUUAACUACAUGAAAAGUAUUCAGAAAUGACCACGAAGCACGUCUUUUUUUUUUUUCUUGUCUCUUAGUUAUGUGAAACCCCCUCGUAUCGUUCUGUGAUGACUUUCAGCGCUUUGCUUGAUGCGUUCACCCGCAACAGCGCAGAGAUGCAAUUAGUGUUGCGAUGCUUCGGGGAAAGCGGACCCCGGUCAGUGCCGUAGCGGGAGAAACUGAAACUAUGGGGCCGAGGGGCUGUGGAGCCGGCCGGCUCUGGUUCGCUGGCGCCACAUCCCCCUGAGCUGGUUCCAGAUGGCCCAUGGAAGAACGUGGAUGAGGGCUUAGUUGUCGAGCAGGCAGAAGGCCUGUCUGUUGUUGGCUGGCUGAUUAGUCCAUCAAGGAGUGGCACCACUCUCCCCAGGGCGCAGAACGGACCAAGAAAAGGUUCAGCUCGCUCAUCCCUGCCCCCUUUCCAUCCUCACCCCCAACCCGGGCGGCACAUACGCUCUGGACCAUGUCUAGCAGGCUGUCCCAAGGGGGCCGGACUGAGGACCUGGAGCGGAGUAGCUGCAAACAGGACUCGCCCGUUAUCGAACGCAGGAACCGCAGUGGCAUCAUCAGCGCGCCCUUGAACAGGAGCCUUAAGAACUCCCGCACCCUUUCACAGUACACGGCGGUCUCCUCCGCCGCCACCAAUGGACACAAAGACAAUCGUGAGACAAAGAGCCACACGGCCAAGCCUCAACCACCUCCGCCACCCCAGCCCACCGUCUCUGCACUGGCCGCGGCCAAGUUGGACCGGACCCUAGAACAGGUUCUGGAGGGACAGAAUGGCUUGCUGCACUUUGCCCAGGCAGCCGCAUUAUUAAAGCGGGCCGGUAUGGAGCACAUGCUUCUGCCCGGGGGCAUGGGAGUGGGAGUUGGCGGAGGAGAUGCGGGCUCGGGGGCUAGCGAUUUGGAGGGUACGUCUGUCACGGACGCCGUAGGUGGUCCUGUUGACUUCCCAUAUGGAGUAGGGGGCGGCUUCCCCUUCAACCCGGGCCUUUUCAUCAUGACGCCGGCUGGAGUGUUUCUAGCGGACAGCGCGCUUCACAUGGCCGGCCUGACCGAGUACCCGGCGCAGAACGAGCUGGCCUCUGCGAUCAACUCCGGCAAAAAGAAGCGAAAACGUUGUGGCAUGUGCCCACCUUGCCGGCGGCGGAUUAACUGUGAGCAGUGUAGCAGCUGCCGGAAUCGCAAGACGGGGCAUCAGAUCUGCAAGUUUCGGAAAUGUGAGGAACUCAAGAAGAAGCCCUCUGCUGCUUUGGAGAAGGUGAUGCUUCCUACCGGAGCGGCGUUCCGGUGGUUCCAAUAGGACUUCGCCUCAACUCCGUACCCAAAGCUCUGCCAUCAAGUGCAAUGCCAACUCUUGGAUCGUCUCCGGAAAACAGACACUGGCUAAUAAAAUAAAUGACAAAAAGGAAAAAAAAAAUGCUACAGAAAAGAACAAAAACUAAGCUGAAAAAAAAAAAAGAUCUGUGGGGUAAUGGAUGCGCCUACUUAUUCCUUGAACCAAAAAUGAAGCGUAAAGAAAAGCAUCUAUUAAAAGUCCCUUUUCUAUGUUUCCAUUUUGGUACCUUUUGUCCUUUUUCCAGCAGCUUUUUUUCCAUGUCGCCUGAACACUGAACUGUUUAUUGCCAGAAGCAGAAAUGAUGGGCCCCAGUGUGGACAAUCAACUAAUUUCUGUGUUUGGUGUUAAUGUUGUUCAUGUGUGGAAAGAUACAGUACUUGUGUAGAGAAUGUACUUUUACAGCUAUAUAUUUUAAAACUAGUGGCUCAUGGCAAACAUUCUUGUAAUUCUCUACCAUCAUGUUACUGAGACAAUGGUCUCAUUUGACCGUUGACAAACAACAAAAUGGUUUGGCAACAGAUUUUCACAUUCGGAUGCUGUAAAAUUCCACAGCCAAACAGGAAACAGAAGCUGAGACUCCGCUGCAAUGUCGUCCGUCAUCAUCAGCCCUCAUCUGCAUUUCCAAACUACUUAUUUUGGCCCCUACUGAGCAUGCCCAAUAGCAUGCUAUCCGGCCGAUAGCACUAAGAGACAGCACUUGCUCUGAGUCUACCCUACUGAACGCACUGAGACAAGUUUUUUUUUUUUUUUGGUAUUUGUUUCUUUGUUCUAUUUUCAUGAUUUUUUUUUUUUUUUGUUACGUUGCCGGGUAGCGGCAGCUCUUAAAAAUAACCAAUCUUUGUAUUUGUUUAGAAAAAUGGACUGGUUUUUGUGAAUAAAGAGGAAUGCAUGUAUUUGUG